AUGAUACUACGAUCUGCAUUGCUACGGCCUCGCUUGGCCCGGGACUCAAUUGCAGUGUGCUCGCAAUGCCUGUCCAACGCAGGCCGCGCAGCUACUCGGCGGAGCUUCACGGUCUCGCGAUAUCAACAAUCCGGCGCCGGUGAUGGGCCCUCUGGAGCGCUUCAGAAAGAGUAUUUCUUUUCUCGAGAACCGUCCAGAUCGAAAACGACAGAAGGCGUGCUGUCAUCGCUAUCCUCUUCGACUCGAAACAACCAUACCACGUCGAUACACAACGAGCCAUCUGCGGACAAGCUCAACAACGUAAUUCUCUCGGAAAACACAGAAGAACGACCUCACAGAAGACGGAAGAGGUUAAAAGAAGAGGCCAAAGCAGCCAAUGCUGCCGAGGAGGAGCAACUUCCCCCGGACGCCUCUGCUCAACUGUCGGCCGUUUCCUCUACACUCCCCACGUCCUCCCUUCGCCGCAAACUCGCCGCAUACCUGGCUCUCGCGAAGCCUCGACUGUCCGUUUUGAUUCUCCUCUCGACGACGUCUGCCUACGGAUUAUACCCGAUAUCCUCGCUUCUCGCGCUUGAUCCGUCGAUCGUUCAACUUCCCACCCUGUCCACCUCGACUCUCACAUUUCUGUACUUGACGGCUGGCACAUUUAUGUCAUGCGCCAGUGCGAAUACCUUUAAUAUGUUUUUUGAGCCAAAGUAUGACGCUCUCAUGCAGCGAACACGAAAUCGACCCCUAGUGCGAGGACUGGUGUCUCGCCACGGUGCUUUGAUAUUCGCCGUGCUUAGUGGCAUUGCAGGCGUCGGAAUGCUCUACGUAGGCACAAACCCGACAGUCGCGGGCUUGUCGGCAGCAAACAUCAUUCUCUACGGGUUCGUGUACACUCCGAUGAAGAGAAUACACGUUAUAAACACAUGGGUCGGGGCGAUAGUAGGCGCCAUUCCGCCGAUGAUGGGGUGGGUUGCUGCAGCGGGUCAAACGGCGACGACGGGCCACGACACAUGGAAGGACAUGCUGUUUAGCGAAGACAGUAUUGGAGGAUGGUUCCUUGCUUCGAUGCUGUUUGCGUGGCAGUUCCCGCAUUUCAACUCGCUCUCUCAUCUCAUCAAAGACGAAUACAAACGCGCGGGCCACCAGAUGAUGUGCUGGGUGAACCCUGCGCGAAACGCGCGUGUGGCACUCCGGUAUUCAAUACUCAUGUUCCCCAUCUCGUUUGGGUUCUGGGCGUGUGGCUUUGUGAGUAAUUGGUUCCUGGUCAGCAGCAGUCUUGCCAAUGGCUGGAUGGCUAGGGAAGCCUACAGGUUCUGGAAGCACCAGGGAGCCAAGGGCACCGCGCGAGGUCUCUUCUGGGCCAGUGUCUGGCAGUUGCCCAUCUUGCUUAUUGGCGGGCUCGCAACUAAGAAGGGGGUAUGGGACGGUCUAUGGCGGAGAAUCGUGGGCGAGCCAGAGGACGAAGAUUCCGAUGAGUUUUAUGAAGACGAGGAGGAAAACACUCCCAAACCUGUAAAGGUUGCGCCGCUUGCGAUUUCGACAAAGGCGUGA